ACGAGUAGUCGGAGUCUCGCGUUAUUGUCAGUACAGUACAUUUACUUCACGAUAUGAAACGUUGAUUUUGAACCUUCUGAUCAACUACGAAUAGGUCAGGCGGCGCUCCACUGUCUGAUUCAUAUCGCUUGAUUUCUGAUGAUAGUUUUAGAUUUUAUCGACUGGUUGUAAUUGUAUGGGGUGUGCAGUUACCAAUGACUCCGGGUAGGCCGUCAUUGUAAAAAGUAAUAAUUUGUUCUUAUUUAACUGACCUGCCUAGUUAAAUAAAGGUUAAAUAAAAGAAGACGGACGAGAAUCUCCCCUAGAUAUUUAAAGCCCGCCUUUUGAUUCGUGAUUGGGUAGGAUGUAGGGGGAAUAGCGAGUUUUCGAUUGGACAGCUGUCCUGCCCUUCUAGCCCAGCCCAGUUGCAUGGACAGAGAUGGCGGCGAUAGAAGUGGAGCGUCACCGAGGGCGUCUGGCGGCCCUGGCCAUAGCAGUGGUGGUGAUCGCUGUGGGAGUUCCCUUGUGGUGGAAGACCACUGAGACAUACAGGGCAUGGCUACCUGUCACCCAGAUCAACCAGCUAGCUCAGCUGCAGCUACAGUUGAGUGUGGAAGUGGAGGUGGUGUUCUCUAGAGGAACUCUGACUGCUGAACACCAGAAGAAGAUUGAUCCCACACACACACGCCUGGAGGAGCACCCUGUGGACGAGACCACAGUGUUGCGUUACAGGUAUGAGACUAGAUACAGGACAGCUACCAUCAUGGAGGAAGAUGCUCUGAACCAGCCCACUGCAGCAGAGACGGAUCAGUCUCUUCAUCUGCUCAGUGAGAGCCCCUGUGGCUCCGUGGUCAUCUAUGUGGUCCCAGAAUCCUCCACACUGCUACCUGAGGGUGUGAGUGUGUACGUGGGUCAGAGGCGGACGGCGCUGUUGCGUGCGGGGAGGCCAAUGAGAGUGGGCAUCGGCCUGAAGGAGGUGCUAGCCCACCUGGAGACCCAGGUACAACAGGUUCUCAAGGUCAUGUCAUUCAGCCACAGUGACAUCACCGCUGCCCUUAGCGACCGCGUCCGCCUCGACUACAGUAGCAGGGAGGGUCUGGCCGACAGCAUGAGAGCCUUCAAGUCCAGCCCAGGUUAUGAAAUAACCUUCAGCCUGUUGAACCCUGACCCUAAGUCUCACCAUCUGCACUGGGACAUAGAGGCAGCAGUCCAGAGUUAUAUCCAGCCUCUCCUGUCGAAGCUGGCCCCGGUGGCCGACUUCAGUCUGGACUCACAGAUCCUCUACUACGCUGUCCUAGGGGUCAACCCACGUUUUGAUCCCUCACUCAACGCCUACACACUCAACGCUGACAGCCUGUCUCACGUCAUUAACCCUGUAGAGGCCAGGCUGGGCUCCAGCGCUGCGUCAUCCAACCCUGUCCUGAACUUCCUGCUGUACGUUCCAGACGCACGUCACUCCCCCCUCUACAUCACCGACCACCGCAAAUACACUGUUGUCUCCAACGCCUUCAGCUCCCCGCGCUGGGGUGGCAUCAUGGUGUACAAUGUCAAUGGGACAGAGCUUCCUGUUCACAUCAACAUAGACAUGACCAGAGUGAUGGGAGUCUUCCUAGCACAGCUACGGCUGAUGCUGGGUGUCCAGUCGUCAACCCCUCCCCCUGGCUUCCUGGUUGGCCCGUGUGGCCCAGCGGGAUUGGCUGACUGGGAGUUGGAUCGCCUCCUGUGGAGUCGCAGUGUAGAGAACGUUGCCACGGCAACGACAACCAUCACCUCAUUGGCCCAGCUGCUGGACCAGAUAGGAAACAUCGUCAUCAACGACAACAUCGCAGAACAGGUGUCAGCAGCAGUUGCCUCUCUCCAGUUGGCUGUGGGUCAGUUGGAGGCGGGGAACCUGGGCCUGGCCCUGCAGUACAGUAAGGAAGCUAUCCUCCAUUCAGAACGAGCCUUCUUCGACCCCUCCCUCCUCCACCUCCUCUAUUUCCCUGACGAUCAGAAGUUUGCCAUCUACAUCCCUCUCUUCCUGCCCAUGUGUGUCCCCAUCCUGCUCUCACUGCUCAAGAUGGCCGCCGAGGCCCGCCAGAGGCGAAGGGAGAGACAGGACAAGAAGGAGUGAGAUGGAAGUUAUUAAGAUGGAGAGAUCGACCGAUGAACGGGCACACGCACAGUUGGUUCACUGAUCAGCAAAGUGUUUAAAGGAAACUGUCUGGACUCAGAAAUUAUGUUAAGACCAUGAGAAAUACAUGGGGCCGUAUUGAUCAAACUCACAAUAGGAGUGUUUAUUUAGGAUCAGUUUUGCCUUUCAGAACACAAUGAAUAAGAUUACAUGGACAGGGGGACCUGAUCCUAGAUCAACACUCUUCUGAUUAUAUGGACAGGGGGACCUGAUCCUAGAUCAACACUCUUCUGAUUACAUGGACAGGGGGACCUGAUCCAAGAUGAACACUCCUACUCUGAGCAGUGGUUGGAACCAAAAUUAUUUUCCAAUCGUUCCGUUCCGAGCAGAACCCUGUUCUUUAUGUUCCAUUCCGGUGUUCCGAGCAGAACCCUGUUCUAUAUGUUCCAUUCCUGUGUUCCGAGCAGAAGAACGUUACUGUUUUAUAUAGUGGCUUUUCGUUACUUUAAAAAAACUGUGAAAUCAAUAUCGUUUUAACAUUUAGAGUUAAAUAAAUGUAUUCCCCCAAUUAGCACCAAUGUGUUUAGGCUAUUACUAGCAUUAUAACUUCACCUAAUUACAGAAUUAUAUACUAGACAUAAGGGAUAUUUUUGGGGAAAAAAGUUAUUAACCGGUAAUCAAGAUUUGAAAAUAACGGUUCUGUUCCCGGAACACUAGAGAUCCCUUUCGUUCCCGGUUCUGAUUUCGUUCCUCUGAAAAUGUUUUUCAGUUCUGUUCCCUGAACCGGUUCCAACCUCUGACUGAGAUACUUGAUACAUAUGCGGCCCCUGAAAACCAGGCGUUUGCUGUAGUCUGAAACCACUGGUGGCAGGGGGUUGAUGCCAUCACCGUGGCGAUGUUGAAAUGUUUUUAGUUGGCUUUUAUUUGCCUGAUGUCUGAUCUGGAAGCAACAGGUCUGUCUUUCACUGUAGCAACAAGGUUUAGAUUGUUUUAUUUAUGUUGGGAAUGAUGCUUUACUUACGCUCUGUUGAUUAUUGUACGAGAGGGACUCGUACGAUCAACUGGGAAUUCAUUGAUUUGGGGAAGGACUUAGUCUAUCUUUUUGUUUUUAUGCUUUGUACAUGUUUAUGACAAUAAAAAAAAAUCUAAGGCC